UGAAAGGUGGCCUGGCAUACUAACGCCAAAAUAUUUCCCGGUGAAUAUCGAUCAGAUAUUUUUCUGUCAUUUGUGAACAUUCACCUCAAUAACGUCCCCGAAAACGUUGAAUCCUCAGUGCCUGUUCACUCAGCAAGAUUUACAAGGAGCUUUUCAGUAACGGACGUACUUCACUUAUGCUCUGUCAUUUGUUCAGUUCUGCCAAUCUAUGUUUUAUUUUUCGGCUUGCUUGUACCAUCGCACCAAUCACUGAAAACACUGACAAAGCCAAGGAAAUAAUUCAAAACCUUGCCCCAUAAAAAGUAGAGUACUUAUCCACCAAGACAGUCAUACCCGCAGUCAUGUUGCGUUGUGUCAAGAGGAAACCAAGUAAGGGAUCAGAAAAAAGCAGAUUGGAUGCCGAAGGAUCGCCAUCGUCGCUCAGAAGACGAAUGCUUUCAGGAAGUACUGAGGAACUGUCAACUGCCUCGAAUUCUUUGAACCGCCCAUCACGUUGGUCGAUCGCCAAAAAGUCAGCCACCUUGUCUGGACAUUCCACAACACAUACGCUUAAUGAAUCCCGUUCAAGCAGCAAAACCAAGAGCUCUAGUGUUUUUAAUCCUACCCGCUGGCGCACACUUUCAGUAAGUUCGUUAUUUUCCCCACACAAACGAAAGAAACAUGAUGAAUCGGCCACUGCAACCUCUUCGGGUUUCGUCUCACCCUCAGGUGAGACAGAUAUUCUCCAGGAAAGGUCUGGGUCGGCCAUUUCAGCAAAUAAAAGACCAGAAACGAUUGCUAUCGCUCAAUCGCAUGCUACAGCCUACGACACAGAAGCCUCUACACCGACAGGAAUGAUCAGCGAUAAUGAGAGACCUACUUCACUGAGUUUGCAAGAAGAUCAUCUAAACAAACUGACAACAGCUGCCAUGGAUGACAGAGAUGCAUCAGACAACACACCAACCGAGCCUUUGAGUGGUUCGAAGCCUUUUCCAGUCGUCAAAGCAGAAGACCAUCCUGACCAAGCAUAUGAGAAACGAGGCUUACUCAAACUUGUUUCCAGUAAAUUUGGUUCAUCCUCGAACAAAGCUACAGAACCGGAAAACCAACAUGAAGAUACCAGCGCUGAUAAUUCGGCAGAUGCCACGCAGAGCUUUUUACGAGCCGCAAGAACAGGAAAUAAGCACAAGUUGGCUGACCUACUCGAUUCCAGGGUGGACAUUGAUGUGGCAAAUUCGAACGGUUUGACAGCUUUACAUUUGGCAGCGAAAGAGGCACAUACAGAAGUUGUGCAUGAGUUGCUCAAACGGGGCGCCAAUGUGCAUGCAGCUACCAAAAAAGGAAAUACCGCCUUGCAUGUUGCCAGCCUUGCUGGUCACCUGGAAAUUGUCAAGCUAUUGAUCGAAUUCGGUGCGGACGUCAACUGCCAAUCUCAAAAUGGAUUCACUCCGUUGUAUAUGGCUGCGCAAGAAAAUCACGUCGAGGUUGUUAAUUUGUUGUUGAAUCACUCAGCGAACCCCGCUUUGUCUACUGAGGAUGGUUUCAGUCCACUAGCGGUGGCUUUGCAACAAGGACAUGAGCGCAUUGUCGCUGUUUUAUUGGAGCGCGAUUCCCGCGGAAAAACUCGGCUGCCGGCAUUGCACAUCGCUGCAAAAAAGAAUGACAUUCACUCGGCAACCCUAUUGCUGAAUAACCCGGAAGUCAAUGUAGACCAUGCAUCCACGAGUGGUUUCACACCGCUUCACAUCGCUGCUCAUUACGGCAAUUCCGGUAUUGCAAAGCUCCUGCUUCAGCGUGGUGCAAAUGUCAAUUAUGCUGCAAAGAAUUCUAUCACACCAUUGCAUAUCGCGUCCAAGUGGGGAAAAAACGAAUUGGUCGAGCAGCUGCUUAGCUGUGGUGCAGAAAUAGAUGCGCGGACGCGAGAUGGUUUGUCACCGCUACACUGCGCAGCACGAUCAGGGCAUAGGGAUGUUGUGGAGACACUGCUCAAAGCGGGAGCGAACGUCGGCCUGAAAACAAAAAAUGAGUUAACUCCUCUGCAUAUGUGUGCUCAAGGAGAUCACGAAAAAGUCGCUCGCCUAUUGCUACGUGCUGGUGCAAAUCCAGAUGCCAUCACGGUGGAUUACCUCACUCCGCUGCACGUCGCAGCACAUUGUGGAAGUGUGAAUGUGGCACUGGCACUGUUGGAGGCACAAUGCAAUGUAAAUGCUCGGGCAUUGAAUGGCUUUACUGCCCUUCAUAUUGCGAGCAAAAAGUCAAAAAAGGACGUGGUGGAACUGCUUGUGAAACAUGGAGCACUGUUGGAAGCAGCCACUGAGACUGGACUAACGCCACUGCAUGUGGCAUCAUUUGUCGGAUGCACCGAUGCGGUGGAAGUGCUUCUCCAACGUGGGGCGAAUGUUAAUCAGACAACCCUGAGAAAUGAGACCGCAUUGCAUUUGGUGGCAAGAAACAACCAGGUUGAAACAGCUAAAGUUUUACUGAAACAUGGAGCCCAAGUGGAUGCAAAAACCCGGGAUAACCAAACGCCACUUCAUGUAGCCGUGAGAUCCCAUUAUCGCCCGAUGGUCGCUUUGCUUCUUGAUGCUGGUGCUGAUCCGAACUGUUCUACAAAAGACAGCUACACUGCCCUACAUUUGGCCACAAAGGAGGAUUCCGAUGAGAUUGUCAGUGCUCUACUCAAACAUGGGGCUGACAGCAGUAGCAAAACCAAGAAGGGAUAUACUCCCCUGCAUCUGGCAGCAAAAUACGGAAAUCUGGCCAUCGCACACACUUUGCUGGAGCAUGCCAAUGCAGAUCCCAACUCCGUCGGCCACAGUGGUUUUGCACCAGUUCAUGUGGCCGCUUACUACAAGCAGAGUUCGAUCCUACAACUCCUCGUGGAUUAUGGGGCAGAUAUCAACAAGACCGUGAAGAACGGGUUCACGCCACUACAUUUAUCAGCCAAACGCAAUAAUCUCGAAUGUGUUCGAUUUCUGCUGGAGCAAGGGGCAAGUGUGGACGCCAGAUCUCGAAAUGGCUACACGCCACUUCAUCUCGCAGCACAAGAUGGGCAUUUUGAUAUUGUUCAAACCUUAGUGGAACAUUACGGAGCCAUCCCCGAUGCUGCAGCGAAAGAUGGCCUCACACCGCUACACUUGGCUGUGCAAGAAGACAAAGUACCUGUCGCCGAGUGCCUUCUCAAUGCUGGUGCAUCUUUGCACGCUGCAACGACAGAUGCGCAUUUCAUUCCGCUUCACUCGGCUGCCUAUCGAGGACAAUUAAAUGCUCUACGCCUGUUACUUAGUAAAACCCCAGAAUCCGAAUUGCCAGGUAUACUUAACGCAAGAACUCGUAUGGGCUGUACACCAUUGCAUCUUGCUGCGCAACAAGGACAUGUUCAAACGGUACUGAAACUGCUGCAAUCAGGCGCAGAUGCGAACGCGCGUAAUAGACAAGGAUGGACUGCUGCACAGCUAGCUUAUAAACAACACUAUCUGAACUUGUUUGAGGUCCUACAAAACGUAACCACCAACGUGAGUGACUGGUCCGUGCCGAGUCUGACUGGAGCCGGACCUGACGGUCAGACUGACGGGGACCCGAAGAUGGUAACCGGGUCAGUAACAUUUGAGAAGGUCGAACAGGUGGUUGAUCACAUCAUCUCAGACAGCGAAGACGAAACAGAUGAGCUCUUGCCCACACCAACGCUACUACGUCGUCGUGAUCGCCCGCGUCAACCUGUUGGAGAUCAAGAUUCCCUUCGAUCACGCACGGCUUCCUAUGACUUCAUCUGUCAACAACUUGAGUACAUGCGAACGCGUUUGGGUGAUGAGAUGGUUAAAUCCGGUAUCCAGGACGGACGAAUUGACGGCCACCCAAAAUCUCUCGCGAGUGAUCAAGAACAAAUGGUGAUCGCGGCCAAAACUGCUGGACAGGUGCAAACUGUUCAACCUUCUCCGGCAGGUUUGUCCUUAUGGGAUUUUGAUACGGACAAUAUGCAGCUUACGCGGAAGCCCAUUCGAGCAGGGUUCCUUAUUUCCUUCCUCGUGGAUGCGCGCGGUUGUUUAGUUGAAGCACAACGCCGGACUGAUCUGCGCUUCUUCAUCCCUCCUAAUGCGUCACCUGCUCCAACUCGAAUUAUCUGCCGUGUCCUUCGACCGGAAUUCGCCCCGAAUCAUCCAAAUAUGAACGAUGGCGAAUGUUUGGCCGCUCGGAUCCUUGAGAUGGCUCCCUUCCAAAUGCAGUUUACCGUACCCAUCCUAAUAGAAGUACCACACAUAGCCUCCUUGCGAAACCGUGAACGUGAGAUAGUGAUACUGAGGAGUGAAACAGGAAGUUCUUGGAAAGAACAUCCACUAGAAGCGACAGAUUCCGCCGUACGGGAUGCUCUUGGUGAAGCGUUUGACCGCAUAGAACCCGAAAGUACGCUACGUGGCCGUCAGAUACACCGGAUUCUUACCUACGACUUUCCACAGUACUUUGCGUUACUAUCCCGCUUCCGACAGGAAGUUGUUCUUGUUGGAUCAGAAGGCGGUCUAAUCAGUUCUACUGUAGCACCACAAGUUCAGGCGGUUUUCCCUCCCGGUGCGCUACAGAAACGAAUAAAAGUAGCACUCCAAGCACAACCUAUCGCGCCGGAAUUGGUUAGGCGUCUUGUUGGUCCCCGCGUGUCUGUAUCUCCUGUGGUAAGCAUUGAACCAAGAAGACGCAAGUUCCACAAACCAAUCACAAUCACAAUCCCGCUCCCGCGACCGCCACCGAAAUCUGAACAGGGAGCUGCCAGCAAUGUUCGUCUGCUUUGCAGCCUCUCUGGAGGAACCAACCCGGCCGUAUGGGAAGACAUAACCGGAGUGACCCCGAUGACAAGACAAAAGGAUUGUGUAUCAUUUACGACAACUGUAUCCGCAAGACUGUGGCUAAUCAACUGUCCUGAACAGGCCUCAGCAGUGGAUAUUGGCAGUCGCAUCUACCGUGAGAGCAUUGUGCCUCCUGUGAUUGGCCGCUUUGCCGUAUUCGUUAGACAGCCGAUGAAUUUGGAUAUGAACGGGGAAAGCCCCACUAGCGCACGACAGUCACCUGGUCAGUUGCGUGGGUUACACCGCCCAAGUGCUGAACUGGCCCAAUUACGCUGCUUGUGUCUAACAGACGACCAGGAGGAUAAGACUUUGGAAUGCCUUGAACGCUUUGCUCUCAUUGCAGUUGGAACACCAACAGAGGUGCUUGAAGAUACUGUUUACUGGAUUGAACUGACUGGGAAUUUGGCGUCGGUUACUAAAGCAGACUCUCAACCAAGUUUGCUUGUUCGGCCAUUCCAUGAAAACCGUGUCACAUUUCCUGUUCGCGUCCGGGACUCUGGAUUUGCCGAGCCUGAAGCCAACCUGAUAACGGGGAAAAUUGCGUUCUUGCGCGACCCGCGUCACACCAAACCUCCGGUAGAUGAUGUUCAACUACCACAACAACCGGUCACAACGCUUGAUCUACGUCUUCCAAGACCAGGAGAAUCCAUUCUGGUUGCCACUGCAGAUUCCGAAAUUAUCGGUCGAUCGGAACUCAAUCGGUCCAUGAUAGCCCGACAAUUGGGAUCUGACUGGCAGAAAUUGGCCUCGGCUUUGGGUUUCUCAGAAGAAGAAGUCGAGUCUAUAAUACGUACGCCAAGUUCCUCGCCACCGUCCAGUCAUGUGUCUGAACAAGAAAAGGCCGAAAUCUUGCUGAAAAUGUGGCAGCAAAAAUUCGCCACCAACGGUGCGUCGGAAGAAAAACCUUUGGGAAACCAAUUGGCAGAUGCUUUGAUCGCCAUAAACCGUUCCGACGUCAUUCAUCCCAGCAUGAUCGCCAUUCGCCCGGUGGUUUCUCCAGACGAACAGGCUAGGGCAACCGCUGUGUUGGACAAGAAGAAACCACUUCCGAAGCUUGUCGAGGAAGCGCCGAAACCUCCCACAACCGUGGAGAUGGUGCCACAGGCGACACCAGAAAGCUCAAUGUUCGCCGGACCAAUGGAUGAUUCCACAAUCUCUACUGACAAGGGAAUUUCGAGUAUUUCGGCUUCUGUACCAUCGAUGUCUCCGAUCAAGACAGAAGCACUUUUUUCGACGGAAUUAUUCCCAAGUCAGCCGAUUGUGUCCCCAUCCGAACAACCCCCUUACGAGUAUUUGCCCGAAAAUGUGGUAGUUGUCCCUGCUGCCCCGUUGAUGUACGAUGAACAACCCCAGAAGAUUGAAAUCACUCGACUUCCAGAAGUGAUUACGCAGCCUCCACUUUUUUCGACGGAAUUAUUCCCAAGUCAGCCGAUUGUGUCCCCAUCCGAACAACCCCCUUACGAGUAUUUGCCCGAAAAUGUGGUAGGUGUCCCUGCUGCCCCGUUGAUGUACGAUGAACAACCCCAGAAGAUUGAAAUCACUCGACUUCCAGAAGUGAUUACGCAGCCUCGUGUUGAUGAAGACACAGCACCUCGCAGUGUCACUGAAAUGGCAAGGGCGGCAACUGAAGACACUGUUCCUCCUGUACCAGUCAUUGAGGCUGAGAUACCGAUUGCAGAAGCAAGCGCACAACCGAUCGAACCAAGCCAACCAAGGAUUCCUGCAUCUCUUGUACCGGAAGCACCACUCAUUCAACCACAAGCUAUCCUAACAGCAGAAACCAGACCACCACAAAUAUUCGCAGCGGAAGUUGAGGCAGCCGACUCAGGACGAGUACCGAAACACGACGAAGCACCGCCAACCAAAGUCGAACAAGUCACACUAAAACGGGAAGAGAAGGUAGAGCUUCCAAGGAUCCCAGCCGAAAAACCGUCGGAGGGUUUACCAGUCACUGAAGAACCCGCUGUGGAAGAAAUUGUUACUGAAACACGAAGAACUGCAAUUGAUGAAGCCCGACCACUCCCAGGCGAUACAACCGCACUUGUGGCGGCUGCACAAGAGCUCGCUCAGUCGAUCGCAGAGGAGGAGGUGCAACCAGCGGGUGUGACAGAGCCAACUCCGGGUGUUCAUGAAGAGUCCAUUGAGCCUGCGGUCGUUGAGAGGCAUCCAAUAAAGUUGCCGGUUGCAGUCGAGUCGUUCCCCGAUGUUUCUCUGGCUGGGUUAACUCAACCGCAAGCAGAGGCAGAGCCUUGUGAAGAACACGCCGUACCGCGUGCACCUUUUGAACACGAAUUUGUUGCUAUCGCGGCUGAGGUAAUCGAACCUCGAAAACCUGAUCUGUUCGAACAAGAGCAUGAACUUCCGGCUGUUGGCACAGAUGCAUUAUCAGAUGAAGAAUUCGAAAAGGUCUAUUUAGAGGCAAGACAGUAUGAAUAUCAACCAAAGAUUCCAAUUGAACUGGAACAUGCAACAGCUGUCGUUCAAAUUCCAACCUUCCCUCCAGGGCCCGCGGGUCAUGAUGUGACACAAAGUAGUCCGGAAGAGUCACAUUCUUUUGAAGAAGUUGAGGAAGUCCUACCGGAUGGCACGAUUGUAAAAAGCAGAACAGCCAUUACAGAAACAACACAAUCGGUAUCUUGUCAUGACUGGCAGGAAGGAGUUGACGCAGCACUGGAAUCUGGGAGAUUCGAGGUUCAAGAACCUGAGGAGAAAAUAGAGGUUGAAGAAAUCGAGGAAGUUCAGCCCGAUGGGUCGGUUAUAACCAGAAUCGUCACAACCAAGCACAUCGUGGAUCGUGUUGUGGAACAUGCUGUCUCGGAUGAACUGAUUGCUGAUGCUAGCCCUACCGAAGAGGAUGUACAAUUUCCGGGGAAAGGUGACCGGGAAAAUGCCACUUUUGAAGUUGACGGGUCUACUGGCGCCAUUGAUGGGGAAUAUCAGGCUGAGGCCGGAAUGCAGGAUCGAGAUCACACUGAUACGGGAAUAUCUGAUGAACUGUUUCAUACACCAGAAGACCAGACGGAUCGAAGGAUUGCGAUGACCGGAGUAAAAGAGAGGAGGUCGGAAAUUAGUUUUGAAACGGCUGAAGGGGUGCAGUCCUUUGUAAUCGUAGGGGACAAGAAAACCUCAGAGCCCCAUGGAACCGAAACCUUCCUCUCAGAUGACGUGCAGUACAAAGAAAUCACGUACGACGAGAUCGCGCCUGAAGCUACACAGCAAGUUUUUGAAAGAAACAUAGCUGUGAUCCAAUCGACGUCCGUGGAACUUGAAGAAAUUGAUGGUGGUGCCAGAAUUAACGAUGAGGCGUCACGCAAAGUUGAUAUUCAGGAAGAUAUUACAAUUUCUUCAGAAAAAAAUAGGAUAAAAGACUUGGUAGAGAUGGAAAUGUCAACGGCUGGACAACAAAGGAGCGAAGUAACAAGUAGUCUUCCCUAUGAAACGAAUAAUCUGGCAGCUACCGAGUUUGACGGUCGAAGAAUGAAGGAAACCCGAAGUGAAGGGGCAACUAAAAGCCUGCCAAAGCUUGCACACGAGAAUACGUCUAGAGAUGACAACGGAGAGUACGUUUACGUCAACGACAUAGAGGCAAAUGAAGCAAUGAAGCUACAGGGGGAAACAAAAACAUAUCACAAAAUUUCGACCCAGCAAAACAUACCAGAAAUUAUGACACAACAGACUGAAGGACGAGAUGAAGCGUUUGUAGAAAAAAAGGAAGCCGAUGAACAAGAAAUUUUGAAAAGACAAACAACAGAAGACCAAAAACCCACCAAAAAAGAGCAAGAUAAUCACCAAGAAAAUCAAAAAUGGCGUGAGCGGGAGGCAUUAGUAGACGGAUUUGUAUACCUCGAAAAAGAAACCGAGAGCCAAACAGGCAAAAAGUCCAAAGAAAUUGAGCCAGAGCUGCACCAGGAGACGAAGGUGGAGCGUGAGUU